AAUGAAAGAUUUAGAUUUUAAUGAAACCGAUAUUAAAAAAAUCAGAGAUCAAGAUCUUACCGGUCGGGCGUUUCUUCGAUUAACUGAGGAAAAAUUAACUCGUAAACCAGGUCUCUAUGAAUUAAAACCGAGUCCGGCAGAAUCAAUUAUGGAGUUGGUAGAAGAACUGAAUGAAAAAUUAG